UGCAAGCUUUCCCAUAAUCCUUGUUUAUGUUUUCUUUUGUACUUUGCGUUCUUGUCAAGCCACGUCACGGUAGUGAAUGCCAGCAUUUCACUCCGCCGACUUGAUUAGCUGGUUAAUUCAAUUUCGGAUAAAAACAUAAUGAAUGUGUUCCGAUUAGCGGGUGAUUUGUCUCACCUUCUUGCUAUUAUUAUUUUGUUAUGGAAGAUAUGGAAAACGAGAUCAUGUGCAGGAAUAUCAGGCAGAAGUCAAAUUCUGUUUGGGUUGGUUUAUACAACCCGAUAUUUGGAUCUGUUCAGCAAUUAUAUAUCUGCCUAUAAUUCUGUGAUGAAGAUUGUAUUCAUCGGUACUUCCAUGGCAACACUUUAUUUGAUGUACUUCAAAUUUAAAGCAACCUAUGACAGAAACCAUGACACCUUCCGAAUUGAAUUUCUCGUUAUCCCAGUUGUAAUUUUGGCUCUUGUUGUAAAUCAUGAUUUCACUCCCUUGGAGGUCUUGUGGACUUUCUCAAUCUAUUUGGAGUCUGUUGCUAUUUUGCCUCAGUUGUUCAUGGUCUCUAAAACUGGUGAAGCUGAAACCAUCACUUCUCAUUACCUUUUUUGCUUGGGAUCAUACAGAGGUCUCUAUAUACUCAAUUGGGUAUACCGUUACUAUGGCGAAGGUUUUUAUGAUCUGAUUGCAAUCAUUGCUGGAAUUGUGCAGACCAUUCUUUAUUGUGACUUCUUCUAUUUAUACAUUACCAAAGUCAUUAAAGGAAAGCAGCUGAAGUUGCCAGCAUAGAAAAUAACCACUUUCAUCCAAUGUUUAUUAUGCACACACAUUUCAUCAGGCUAAUGAGAACAUUGUGCUCAUGAACUGUAAGAUUUUAUAAUAUAAGUCAAGAUAAGAAUGUGAACAGAAUUCAUUCUGCUCUGAUUAUUUAAUUUCAGCGUUUGUGUUUCAAAUUCUCAUCAGCAUGGUGCUGGUUAUGGGGUUGGCUGUUGCGUCACUCAUCAGUACUUCAGUUUUCACCAAUUAUCAGGCAUUUAUAAUUUUACUCAUGAAAGCUAGCACAGUAUUUUUUGUUUCAACAAUUAAAAUUGUUUAAUCAGAUCCAGACUUGUUUUUUUAUUUUACUUAUUAGUAUUUGUUUUAUAAUUUUAUAAUCUUUAAAGUUACAUUUACCUUUAUAAAAAACGUUAUUUAUCUUUUUUUGUGCAAUUGAUCAAAGCUUGUUUUAAUAUAUUUAUAUAUAAUGUAUAAUCAUUGUCAAAAUAUUUUAUAGAUAUAUUCUAUAAUUGGACCUUGUGUUAAGCAUGCCAAAUAAAAAAAGGAAAAAUUCCCAACAGUUUUCUGUAUAGCUUUAUCCAGUUGCAAUUUUUUUUUCUCUGUAUGUACCAGUAGUGUUCAUAUAAAAGAAAAUAAUUCAAAACAAUUGUUUUUUAAUGUUUCACAAUUUAAAAAAAGUAUUAAAAGGGAAACCAAGCUCUUGAAAUAUGACUUAGAAAUAAAUAUUUCUAGUUAUGAAAAUUUAAAUUGUUUUCUGUUUUUUGUUUCAUUAGAAGCUUUGACAAGAUGAUAAAAAGCCUAGUCUCUAAAUUUAUGAGAUACAAGUUAGGUAAUUGUGUGAAAAUGAUUUUUGUAAAAAAAGAAAAAAAAUCAAAUAAAAUUUUGUUUUCCAAAA